GUGAUCCUCAUCCACGGUCUCGAUGGCGAUCCCGUCGAGACAUGGGCACAUACGACAAUAGACACCAAGCCACCUCGCCGCACCGUGUGGCCAGAGAUUCUGCUCCCCAAGAUCCUACCCCGUGCAAGAAUUCUGUCAUUCGGGUACAGCGGCGACAUGUAUCGAAACAAGUCUGUGGCGGGUAUUAGGGGCAAUGCCGGUGCUCUCCUUGACCACCUGAGGGCGCUUCGGUACGGUGUGGACCAGACGCGGCCUAUCGUCUUCGUGGCACACUGCUUAGGGGGUCUCAUCGUCAAGCAGGCGAGUCUUCCCUCCGCCUUAUGCUUCGCAAACGCAGACGAGCAUCACAAGCUCAUCGCCUCUGCGACGAAAACGAUCAUCUUCUUCGGAACACCCCACUUUGGUGCGGAAAAGAAGCAGUGGAAUCACCUUGCACAGCGCUACUCUCAACUGUCUGGGUCCCGCGGGCAGGCGUCGUUACUGCUUGCGGCGAUGAUCCGAGACUCAGGUGACUUGGCCGAAAUUAGUGAGGAUUUCACCGAAGUCGCUCCCAAGUACAAGAUUAUUAGCUUCUUUGAGAUGGUGACGUGGCAGAACACUGGAGAGUUGAUCGUUGACAUGACCAGCGCCCGCCUAGAUAUUCAUGGAGAGCGAGUGGUAGGUGUCAAUGCUGAUCAUCUUGGUAUUUGCCGCUUCGCAGACGAGAACAACAUGACUUUC